GAUGCCUUGUUUUUCGAUUUACUACUUUUCUCAAUAUUUGCUUUUAUUUUAAACUAUACAAGUACAAUGGAUGCUCCACGAAACUCUCGUUACGAUGAUCGCAAUGAAGAUAUACCGAUGUAUUCUCGACUAUUCAUCGUUUGCGGUAGGAGUGUAGAAGAGGAAGACAUUAAGGAAGCAUUUACAGAGUUCGGAGAAAUUGAGGACGUGCGUAUUCCGCGCGAUCGCAACACUGGGGAACGCAAAGGCGUAGCGUUUGUUAAAUUCGCUAAAGCAUCGCAAGCCGCUAAAGCAUUAGAGUCACUGAAUCACAAAUGCAUCGGUAACUGCACCCGACCCAUCCGUGUCAUGGUAGCGGCGAAUAGGUCCGAAAUACAAGGCGAAGACAACAACAAAUUAUAUAGACGAAUAUUCAUUCAGGUUUCCAGGUCACCUAACGAUGAAACUGAAAAAGAUCUUUAUGAUUAUUUUAGUCAGUACGGUUACGUAGAUGACGUUUUAAUACAGACAGACAGAAACACGGGACAGCGAAAGGGUUUCGCGUAUAUCCGGUUCAGAAAAUUUUCAGAGGCAGCCGUAGCUAUUGAGGAGUGCGAUAAAAAGUAUCGAGCUAUAUUUGCUCAGCCCCAAGGCAAUCAACGAGUGGAAACCCCCUUUGAAAACAACAUUAACACCUUAGCGGCAUCAGCAAGUCAGAAAACAUCACUAGUCUCAAUGAUGAAUGUCCAGCCGAGAGGUUUUACGAGUGUUCAGUUUUUGUGCAAUCCGUAUUUGACACAUCCAUAUGUCGAAGCCUUGUUUGAUAUUGUCCCGGGCAUGGUCCAGUGUCAGUAUUUCGUUGAUUUAGUUAAGAAUGUCGGUAAAGGUACUGUCCAGUAUGCCAACCCUAUAUCUGCAGCAUAUGCUGUGGAAAAGCUGAACGAAUUCGAGUACCCUCCUGGACACUGUGUGUAUGUCCGGCCGGGUGGUUCAAGGUCAGAGAACAGUGUUCAACUGAACAUUCCAAGUACUUUCAAAAAGUUGAAAAAUGCCAUAACCUCAAAUCAAAACUCAGGUGCCCCUGACUUGGCAAAGCUUAGUGAAGCCAUUGCGGAGGCAUCUAAACUUGUUCAACUAGCUACCGGAGGGGUACCGGGAGACUCUCUACCUGAUAGUAAUGAUUUAAAUUACUGUAGUGUGACUCUACCCCCCACGCAACCUUUAGCUGACAUUGACGGUAAAGUCGAGAAACGUUUGUUCCUGGUGUGCAAACCCCAACCACCGCCCUUAACAGUGUUAAGGGAUGUUUUCUGCCGUUUUGGCAAUCUCAUUAACGUAUACACACUCCCAAACAAAACUGUAGGUUAUGCCAGGUACGCCUCGACACAAUCAGCCGAUGCUGCUAUGAAAACUUUGCAUGGUGCUGAAAUAUGCGGUGUCCGCAUCAAAGUCUUGGAGGCUGACGAGGAAGCUCCCCCUAAGCGUAUGAAAUAUGAUCGCUGAUACCCUGGACAGUGACAGACUACGUUUUAAUUAGACUGACUUGUAUUGGACUCUGUGUGCAGGCUAAUAAAAAUUACAACAAA